UUAGCAUUAAAACCAAAAAAAAUAAGAGUUUUGAAAAAGAGACCAUGAAAAACAAAAGUGGCGACCAAAACAACAACAAACCCACUAAUUUUGCAGCAUUUAUUAUCAUCAUGUCUUCACCGACUCACGCGCACUUCCGUUCACUCUAUUUUUAUCCUUAAAAUCCUCUCAUUGUAUUUACUUUAUUUUAUUUGUUUCUUAGAAUCUUUUUCACGCAAAUGCAAACCACCAACAAAUCUAUAUUCUAGCAUGAUGAUGAAGUAGCUACUUGCUUCUUCUUCUUCUUCUUCUUAAAUUUUGGGGUUUUUACUUUUUGGUGAAGACAGCCAUGUUUCAAAGAUUAUUACUCUUCCUUCUCAUUGCUCUUCUGCUCCAAUCUUCUUUCCUUUUAGAGAUUUCCUCUGCUCUCAAGGAAGGAAAAACAUGUAUAACAAACAGCAACUGUGACGCUGGAUUACACUGCGAAACAUGUAUAGCCAACACUGAUUUUAGACCUAGAUGCUCCAGAACCCAACCCAUCAACCCCAUCACCAAGGCAAAGGGGUUGCCUUUUAACAAGUAUUCAUGGUUAACCACACACAACUCUUUUGCUCGUUUGGGGGAAGUAUCACGGACCGGUUCUGCUAUUUUGGCUCCUACUAACCAGCAAGAUUCAAUCACAAGCCAACUCAAUAAUGGUGUAAGAGGGUUUAUGCUCGACAUGUAUGACUUCCAAAACGAUAUCUGGCUUUGCCAUUCUUUCGAUGGAACAUGUUUCAAUUUCACCGCUUUUCAACCGGCUAUUAACAUUUUAAGGGAGUUUCAAGUGUUUCUAGAGAAGAACAAAGAGGAAGUUGUAACGAUUAUCAUCGAAGAUUAUGUGAAAUCGCCUAAAGGUCUCACAAAAGUGUUUGAUGCGGCUGGCUUACGAAAGUUCAUGUUUCCAGUAUCUAGAAUGCCCAAAAAUGGAGGGGACUGGCCAAGGCUUGAUGACAUGGUGCGAAAAAACCAACGGUUGCUAGUUUUUACAUCCGAUUCACAUAAAGAAGCAACCGAAGGGAUCGCCUAUCAAUGGAAGUAUAUGGUUGAGAAUCAAUAUGGAAAUGGAGGGUUGAAGGUAGGAGUGUGUCCAAAUAGAGCUCAAUCAGCGCCAAUGAGCGAUAAAUCAAAAUCUCUUGUUCUUGUGAACCAUUUCCCUGAUGCUGCGGAUGUGAUAGUAGCAUGUAAGCAAAACUCAGCUUCUCUUCUUGAAUCCAUAAAGACAUGUUACCAAGCCGCGGGACAGCGAUGGCCUAACUUCAUAGCAGUCGAUUUCUACAAGAGAAGCGAUGGUGGAGGAGCUCCGCAAGCGGUUGAUGUUGCGAAUGGCAAUUUGAUAUGCGGUUGCGAUAACUUUGCAGCGUGCAAGGCUGACGGCAAAUGUGGAUAGUAAGAAAGACUGAGCCACCAGAAGCAACUCCCAUAACCAAAGGCUUUCUGCGUUUGUUGUCACCUUUGUGUCAUCUUUUCCAUAAAGUUUUAGCUAGUGUAGUAACGGUUAGUUUUUGUUUUAGAUUAUUUAGAGAUUAGUACUGUACUGGUUAGUUUCAUUACUCUAAAUUUCCUAAUCAUAUAUGAACUAGUCACCGAAUAAUCUAUAUAUACUGAAAACACUGGUGACUAAAAAUGUUAAACACAAAGUUAUUUAAUAGCUAAAAAUCUAAAUUAGGGACAUGGUAUGUUAUUUGACCACAAAAUUUGUAGUAUAGUUUGUAAGUACCGAUGUCACCAUCGGAUUUAAACGCGAUAGAAUUUGUGUCAUCUAAAAUUUAAUUCAUUAGCUCAAGUGGAGGACCAAAACAUGUAAUAUAGUCUUCUUUUAAGAGUCAGUCCACUAAAUCAACUGGAAAAGUUACAUUAAGUCAUUUAUAUAUUUCACUCACCCUCACUGGAGAAUACAAAUUUUUCUUUUUCCUUCUUUCCCACUCUCUUUCUUGUUUCUAC